GUCGAGUUGCAUCUCGUUAUCAUUCUGACGGGCGGAGGGAGCGCGGGGCGGAGUCCCCGGGCGCUCCGCCCCGCCGGCACGCCUGCCGCGGCCGCGGCGCUCGCUCAAAGCACAAAACAUGCCGCGACCGUCGCGCGAUUUCAACGGCGACCAAAAACCACCAUUCUCCUACAUAUCGCUCACAGCCAUGGCGAUCUGGAGCUCGCCGGAGCGCAUGCUCCCGCUGUCGGAGAUCUACCGGUUCAUCACGGACCGGUUCCCGUACUACCGGCGCAACACGCAGCGCUGGCAGAACUCGCUGCGGCACAACCUCUCCUUCAACGACUGCUUCGUGAAGGUCCCGCGCCGGCCGGACCGGCUCGGGAAGGGCGCCUACUGGACCUUGCAUCCGCAGGCCUUCGACAUGUUCGAGAACGGCUCGCUGCUCCGCAGGCGCAAGAGGUUCAAGCUGCACAAGGAAGAGAAGGACCAUCUCAGUACAGAGCUGGCUGCGUUAGCUAAUAUCAAUUAUUUAUUUCUCGCGAAUCAAAACAAUAGGAUCCCAACAACAUCGGCAGAGAUAUCUUUGGAUGUGGAAGUUCCUUGCUUAUCAUUAGUAAAAAAAGACGAGAAGAAGAAGAAAUCCUUUACUAUAGACAGUUUGCUAGGUAGUGAGCACGUGGUCGAGGACAAUGAGAAUGGUGAUGAGAGUGAUAUGUCGGUGGUUCCGUACCCAGCAGGGGCCCUGGCUGUGGCGGCCGCAAUGUGGCCGCUCCAGGUUGCCAUGUUUCGAUACGUUCCUUUUGGCUUGAAUUCUAGUCUGCCUGAGGUAUAUCAUCAAAUUCGUCAAGCAUUUUUAGAACCGCGAUAGCUAAGUUGAAAGGUAGGGAUUUUUUCAUAAUAUUGAGAUAGAUAAUAAAUUUAGAAUAGAUGUAAAAUAUUGUCUCCUUAUAUACAAUUAGGUAAAU